UUUCCGUCCGUCGAACAACAACAACAACACAUGUGAGUGAAGCUGCUGCAGAGUCGACAUGUUUCCCGGGUUGAAGGAGAAAGUCGGAGAGGUUUUGUUACCGGGAGAUGAGUUCUGCUUUCAGACCGACGACACCAUCUCUCUGACGGACCCCGGGAGACCGGAGAAGGUGGUGUGCGGACCGGGUCUGAGGCGGAGCGGAGACCGGCUGCUGGUGUGUAAAAGCGGCGUCCUCCGACACAAACAGCCCAACAUGUUCUGGAUGGAUUCCCAGCAGAGGAGGUACGUCCCGGCUAAAGGAGAGACCGUCAUCGGCAUCGUGACGGUCAAAUCAGGAGACGUCUUCAAGGUGGACUUUGGAGGAAGCGAGCAGGCGUCUCUGUCCUACCUGGCGUUCGAGGCGACCAAGAGGAACCGCCCCAACGUCCAGGUGGGCGACCUGGUGUUCUCUCAGUUCAUCAUAGCCAAUAAGGACAUGGAGCCGGAGCUGGUGUGUAUGGACAGUUCGGGACGAGCCAAUGGGAUGGGAGUAUUCGGAGGAGGAGGUCUGCUCUUCAUCGUCUCUCUGGGACUCGUCAGAAGACUGCUGGCCCCCCACAGUGAGGUGCUGGCAGACCUGCAGCAGCUGUUCCCCUGUGAGCUGGUUUUGGGGAUGAACGGCCGUCUGUGGGUCCGGUCCUCCAGCAUCCAGCAGACGCUCGUCAUCGCCAACCUGCUGCAGAGCUGCGACACCAUGACGGCCCAGCAGAGACAGCAGCUGUUCAGGAGGGUGGCACAGGGGGCGCUGUAGACCACAUUGGACCACAAGCGGGCCUGAACCAGCAGACGGUUGGUUCUCAGACCAACGUCCAGCUGUAAUAAACGGUCUCAGUGACGUCCCCCACAGGUUCCUGUCGGUCGCCAUGUUGGAAAUGUUUUAUGUUGUCCCCGGUGGCCUACAUAAAGCCUCAGUGCUCUUUGUGAGUGAACUCCUGGAAAAUGUUUUGUUAAAGAGCGGGAACUAUAAUCCUUAAUAUCAUUUAAAGGUGGUACAGUUGUCAUCUGACCAAUAGGCUGUAAACAUGUUUAAUAUGGGCCCUUAUGGAGGCUGACCCACUGCCUCUAGUGGAACUGCCAGCUGCUGAUUAGUAGAAACCCAGUUUUUAGGUAUUUACAUUAUUUGUCUCCCUGUUGUUUAAUUUAUUGCAACUUGAUGUUUUUACAUUUUGUAAAAUUAAGUAAUAAUUUGUAUAAAAAUUCUAAAUGUUUUUAAAUAAAGUUUGAACCUCUGGAUGA